AUGCCUGCUUUCUCGACCCUCGUUGGCGCUCUCCUCGGCGCAGCUUCCUUGGUUGCCAGUGCUGCUGUGCCUUUUGGUCAACCUUUCGAGGACGUCAAGACCAAGAGACAAUCAACGAAUGCUACCAGCAGCAGUGAUCUGAAGAUUGAUCUAGGAUAUGAAAUAUAUGAGGGAUACACCAACCAGACCACCGGUAUUAAUAUCUGGAAAGGUGUCCGUUUUGCUGCACCCCCGAUUGGAUCUCUUCGCUGGCAAGCACCUCAGGUUCCUGCAGAGAACCGUUCACAAACAAUCCAAGCCACCACAUUUGCACCCCAGUGCCCUCAGAGCUCGUUCAACGCCUAUGGUAGAACCACUGCAAGCAUGCUGUCAACCGAGGAUUGUCUUUUCCUAAAUGUCUAUGCUCCGCCGAAUGCUACCAAUCUGCCAGUUCUUGUCUGGAUCCAUGGUGGUGGCUAUGGACUCGGUAAUGGUCAGCAAGACAUGCAGGCUAUUAUCGAAACAAACAACGACUCUUUUAUUGCUGUAGCCAUCCAGUACCGCCUUGGCGCCUUUGGUUUCCUGUCUUCGGAUGAAGUCAGCCGCUUUGGUUCUGUAAAUGCAGGUAUCCUGGAUCAGACCUUCGCCUUGCAAUGGGUGCAAUCGUACAUCUCAUCUUUUGGUGGAGAUCCUCGGUCCGUGACCAUUUCUGGCGAGUCUGCUGGUGGUGGUGCAGUCAUGCUGCAGACUAUGGCUUAUGGCGGUACUUUGGGAACCUCUUUGUUCAAGAACGCUAUCGCUGCUUCUCCUUACUUGCCAAUGCAAUAUGGCUACAAAGACUGGGUACCUUCGCAGUCUUACUAUGCUUUCGCUGGUCUUGCACACUGUAUGCCCAAUACACCCUAUGGCUCAUCCUCUCGCACCAUCUUUGAGUGUCUGAUCAAUCAAGAUACAGAGACCUUGCAAUACGCCAGUUUCAAUGUCUCGACAUCAGGAACGUUUGGCACAUGGGGUUUCCUGCCAGUCACAGAUGGCGUAUUCAUCCAAGACGUGCCUAGUCAGCAACUUCUGGAGAAGAAGGUCAAUGGACAGAACCUCCUCGUUGGCAACAACGCCAACGAAGGUCCUCUUUUCACACCCCAAGACAUCAACACUGAAGACGAUCUGGUAGCAUGGCUAGAAUUGACCUUCCCCCUCUUCAGCAACGACGACAUCUCACGUAUCCUGCGCUACUACCCCAGCUCCAACGCCACAGACUCACCCGCAGCAGUAGACUUUGCAACUCUCGGAACCACAGGUCCCACCGCUCUGAAUGUAUCUUCGGUAGCGACAGGCCAACAACAACGCGCCAACAACAUAUACGCCGAAACAACCUUCGUCUGCCCCUCCUACUGGAUGGCUGAAGCCUUCACCGGCCCCGAACGCAGCAGCUACAAAUACCAAUACUCUGUCCCCGCAGCCCAACACGGCGCCGAUGUAUCCGGCUACUUUGGCCCUGCAGCACCCACCCAAGGCUCUGCCUUUGAAGCAGCAUUCAUGUCUAUCUGGGGUCAAUUCGUCACAAACUCCAACCCUAGCAUCCCUGCCAACGUAGCUGGACAAGGAGGCCUAGCAGCGACAGAGUUUCCGAGGUUCAAUGUUUGGAAUCCUGUGCAGGUCAAUCUUAAUCAGACGGGUGGGCAAGAGGUUAGUCAGAAUAUCGUACAAGGGGUUAAUGCUACGGUGUAUGUGGGGCCUGGGUUGGAGAAUGCAUUUGAAGUUGUGGAUGCUUAUGCUUGGGAGGGUGGAAGGGGUCAAAGGUGUGAUUUCUGGCGUGCGGUUGCUGGAAUUGUGCCAGAGUAG